AUGCCUCUUUGCCCCGUCUGCAGCGCGAUUCCGUUUCGCCAUCUUCCGCCCUUCCCCGAACCACAGCAUAGCCAAGGUCUGACGGGUCUGCAGCAUGUCCAUCCGCUUUACCGGCUGAGAGAGUUCCCGCGCGACCCUCGGUCGUCCAGCGUCCGGCACCAUGCAAGCGCCGAGGCUCUGCGGGACGCAGCGGCGGCGGGAUGCGACCUCUGCGCACUGAUCCAGGACCAGCUGGAUCGGAUACUGUCCGAGAUUGAGGGCCAGGACGAAGACAUCCGGACACUGUGCAGGCCCUCGUACCAACCUGCCGUUGACUUGUGGCUAGUGCAGCGUCCAUUUGGCGGCCAGGGCUUCUGGGUCCUGUCCGAGUCUGUGCAAAGUCGGGACGAGAGAGAGAUCAUCCCGAUUGCUGCAUUCGGGUUUGCCGUGGCAGGUGGUAGGACACAGCCCCAUCCGUGGAAGAGAGUGGAGAAAUCCUUACUGAUGAAUAAAGAUAAAUCCCUGGCUGAUGGGUUUCAUGCUCCAUUGGUGCAGCAGGACCCUCGAGCGGGUGCUCUUAGAGAGCUGCUCAAGUGGGAUUCGGAAUGCGAGCAAGAACACGAGUGCUGCCAAGCCCCCGGCGCCGUUCCGCGCCAUUUAAUCGAUGUGAGCCGCUCCGAAGCCGAGGGCGUCGUAAAGCUUGUUCAGUUGGACGCGGAAAGCGCGGCAAGAUACACAGCCCUCAGCUACGUACAGGACAACAGCAUCGAGGGCCCUUGGACGUCCAACCACCAGGCUGAGACAGACGAAAUGCUCACCACCAGUCUUCCUCGGAUGUUUCAGGAUGCUAUCCUGGUUACUCGCGUCUUGGGUAUUCGAUACACCUGGAUUGAUCAGCUUUGUGCUCCUGAAGAUGCACCCGAGCGGGAAAGAGAUUCCGCGGGGUUUCGCUCCGUGUACGAAAAUGCACAUUUGACAAUUUCAGCCACCGGCGCCGACAAGAUGGCAGACGGACUCUUGUUCUCCCGACCCUUGCGAGCUUCUGUCCAGAUACCGGACCCAGGCCUCACGGGACCGACCUACAUCUCCAUCCUACCACUGCGCAAAGAGGUGCUUCAGAGCUAUAUCGAGAUGGCAGAAGAGCCCAUUUCUAGAAACAUCUGGUCCUUUCAGGAGCGUGUGCUGUCGCGACGCGUCGUACACUUUGCGAGAGACCAGCUGUUUUUCGAAUGCCUUGGCCAUUUUCGGUCCGAAGAUGGUCGCGUUCAAGAAGGACGAUGCUACACAACGGUUCCACGUCUGACUUCCGGACCCGACUACCACCGCGAACAUACCGUCACGGAUCGGUGGAAUCUGAUCGUCCGGGCGUACGGGAAGCGGCAGCCCACAGCACCGUCUGACAAACUCCGGGCGCUGUCCAACGUGGCAAGUGCAUUUCAGCAACUGCUUGACGACGAGUACGUGGCUGGGUUUUGGAAAAAGACCCUUGUAGAGUCUUUAUGCUGGCAAUCUCACCGUUGCAAACCGCUACGUGACACGAGCGCCCCAUCGUGGUCCUGGGCGAGUGUUGACGGCAGCGUGGAUGUCGGGUUCAGAUCCAGAUCCGUCCGCCCCGAAGCGACCAUUACCGCUAUCCAGGUGACGCUCGAGGACGCCGCCCAGCCGUUUGGAAACGUCACCUCGGCGUCCAUUGUGCUCGAGGCUCCCACGUUCCCUCUGACGCUGGUGGACCAAGACGGCGCGGAGGGGCGCCACAUGUGUCUGCGGACCGAGAACGGACACCCACGCGGGUUCUUUGCCGGGUUCGACGUUAUUGACCGGCGCCACCAGGUGUCGGCAGCAAGCAUCCGGAACAGCAAGGUCUUUGCGCUGGUGCUGGCGGAAACGCGGAGGAACGUAUGCGCCAUUGGAAGUUGCCAUGCGGCUGUUGGUGUCGUGGGAGUCAUUGCCAGCCCGGUCGAUGCUUGUGGGACCGCGAUGAGGCGUAUUGGGUCGUUUACGACGGUGCCGGAUCGAUUUGGCCCUGGCAACUUGUCGAGCUCGCGGACAACUAUAGUCUUAGUGUAG